UUCCGACCAAAACUCUUAGCGGCGAAUGAAGAACCUGAUUCUUACUAAAGUUUUUACCCCCAGACAUCAGGAAUAAUAAUAAAAAAAUAAAGAUAAACGCAUGGAACCAUAGAAUUCAUGCAAAUUCCAAUUCAAAAUCUUUCACUCCUAUCCAUAGGUCUCUUUUCCUACGUUCAUAUAACCUUUAGACAAGAAAAAACCAAAACCAUUUAAGAUGGGCUGCGUUUGCAUGAAGUGUCGAGUUAAAUAUGAAGAUCCAACCAUUCUUGCUGCUGAAACCUGCUUUAAUGAAACCGAAGUUAAAGCUUUGUACGAGCUUUUCAGACAACUAAGCAGUUCUCUAGUUGAUGAUGGAUAUAUAAGCAAGGAAGAGUUUCUACUUGGUUUGUUCAGAAACAGAAACGAACAAAAUCUCUUUGCAAACAGGAUGUUUCGGUUAUUCGAUGCCAACAAUGAUGGGUUUAUAGGAUUCGGAGAGUUCGUUCGAUCUCUAAGCAUCUUUCACCCAGAUGCUCCUCGCUCCGACAAAGUUGCUUUCGCAUUUCAAUUAUAUGAUAUAUGGCAAACUGGUUUCAUCGAACCUGAGGAGGUAAAGGGCAUACUUUGGACCUCAUUGAUUGGUUAUUAUCAUGAUCCACUGACGAGUGAGGUCAAGGAGAUGAUUUUGGCUCUUCUAAACGAAUCAAACUUGGUCCUUUCCAAUGAUGUGAUCGACGUCAUUGUUGAUAAGACAUUCAAAGAUGCAGAUUCAAAUAAAGAUGGAAAAAUUGAUAUGAAAGAGUGGGAUGAAUUUGUAGCUCGCAACCCAAUUUUGAUGAAAAAUAUGACUAUCCCACAUUUGAUGGACUUGACAUGACAAAUGCUUUUCUUAGUUGCAGAGAUUCGAUAUUAAAAAUGGCACCAUAAAAUCAAAAAAAGUUCAGUAUGGCAAACAUUUGGCCUACUGGCUAACUUAGUGGAACAAAUUCAGAACGCUUUGGUUUUGUUCAUUUUAAAACCAGAAAUUAGUGAUUUAUCAUACAAUUUGGGGAUUCAUAUUUUGGAAGACUCAACGUGAGAUGUGGGACAUGUCAUCCCUUUGGAUCAACUCGAAUCUCUUUAGGUGCAUGUACUUCAAGUUAAACCAAUUCCUUACUUAUUAAUUACUUAAUUAAUAAUUCCUAUACAUGUUGCGACCAUCUCAUCAACUUUGCUGGCUCAAGGCAAAACACACCUCGUGGGCACAUCAUUAACUUGCUGCCAAACUCAACAGCUCUUCUAUAAUUUAAUUUAAGCCUCAUUUUUCGUACUUUUAGUCUAAUUUGUUUUUUUUUUAUAUCAUUUCCCUCUAUCAAAAAGCAUAUAGGUGGAAAUGGUAUAACGAUAUCU